UGUUUACUGCGCAUGCGCAAAAGAGCAGGCGGCUCAACUUCUCCACCGCGCGCUGUAAUCGCCAUAACUGGAUCCAAGGAUAGCUACGGUUAGGGCUCGCGGAGUGCCUGUAGCUGGUGUGAAUCAGGAUGGGAGACAAGCCAAUCUGGGAACAAAUAGGAUCCAGCUUUGUUCAACAUUACUAUCAGCUGUUUGACACCGACAGAACUCAGCUUGGAUCAAUAUAUAUUGAUGCGUCAUGUCUUACGUGGGAAGGACAGCAAUUCCAGGGAAAAGCAGCGAUUGUUGAGAAACUCUCCAGCCUGCCCUUCACAAAAAUAGCCCACAGCAUAACAGCACAAGAUCACCAGCCCACACCUGACAGCUGCAUAAUGAGUAUGGUAGUAGGACAACUAAAAGCAGAUGAUGAUCCCAUCAUGGGGUUCCAUCAGAGCUUCAUCCUGAAGAACAUUAAUGAUGCGUGGGUGUGCACCAACGACAUGUUCCGCCUAGCGAUCCACAACUUUGGCUAAAAAGCACCACGGUUGGCGGGGGAAAUGGGGGAAAGUGGAGAACGGGGCACAUCACCCCCAGUGAUGCCUGAACCUCAGUCUGCCCUUAAUCCAUCUUUUGAGAUUCAGCACCGGAUUCCAAGAAGUCAAAUCACAGAUAACACACCGGCACACUGUAGUGCCUCUGCUCCAGACAUGAGAAGUGUUUCUUUGCUGAAAGCCCACAGAUCCAUCAAAGCGACCCCUUUCCCCUCUGCUGAUGUGCAUGAUGAUGGCAAGCUCGAAUAUCAGAGGACACUGACCUGGGAAAAAAAACAGACAUAUUAACAUAACUUCUGCCAGUUACUACUAUUUACAUUUUAGUUCUUGAGUGUGACUAUGAAUUAAUAACUGUCUUACCUGCCUUUCUUUAUCUGCUUGCUUUUAGAGUUUGCUUCUUGGCACUUUUUUCUUCUUCCUUUUCCCUCUUGAACAUUGGAGCCUCCAUUCAUUGUGAUGUCAGGUUGCUCUAGCUAUCCAAAGAAACAUUAAAGUAACCCCCCCCCCGAUCCCCCACCCCUUAAGACCAGUGUGCUUCUCACCUUCUGCUCACUGCUCUCUGUCACAAUAAUUACCAAGCCACAAGACACAAUAAAACAUUUGACUUUUUCUUAACCAUGGCAUCAUCUUGUUCCUCCUACUGUCUGGUUUUAUAUCUGUUUUUUUGUUGUGUGUGGUUUUUUAUUUUAUUUAUUUAUUUUUUUAAUGUCUAACCAAUUUCUGAAUACUACUGGAAAUUGUUUUGGCAAUA